AUGAUCAAUAUUUUAUCUUUGUGCACAUUAAUUAUUGUUAUAGUAAUCAAUUCUUUACCGGCUACACUUGCAUCUGGUGUAAUCAAUUGGAAUGGAAAUAAUUGGGCCAUGUCUUGUGAUUUCUAUGAAAAUGAUCUUUCUAAUGCUCAAAUUGCAGGAGAAGCUUGCGGUGGAAAAUGUGCCGAAACUCAAGAAUGUACUCAUUUUGCCUGGACCCAAUGGAAUGGAGGUACUUGUUGGAUGAAAAAAGGUUCAGUUUCCAAGGCCGAUGCUUUUCCAACCAAUGAUCCAAAUAUGGUCUGUGGUGUAAUCUAUGAAUCACAACCAUCCAAUGCAGAGAAAUCGAUUCAUUGGGCAGGAUAUCAGUGGUUUCUUCGUGAUGAUAAAAAUAGUGGACCUGGUCCAAAUAAUUGGGACUCGAAUAAUGUAUGGAUUGAUUCAAAUAAUAAAUUACAUUUGAAACUUCGUCGUUCACCCACAACAGGUGAAUGGACAUGUGCUGAACUGUACACCGAUGUUAAGUUUAGUUUUGGAACUUUUCGAUGGUUUGUAGAAGGACCAAUAGAUAAAUUUGACACCAACGUAGUAUUCGGUCUAUUUACUUACGGAGGUGUCGAUGGUACAAAUGAAAUUGAUAUUGAAGUAGCCAAAUGGGGUCGAACAGAGCCAGAAGCAUCGAAUUUCUUUUGUACAGUCUAUCCACAUUCAUUAGGUGUUGCUAAACAGGUAUCAUCUGGCACACGUAUAUCUCUUCAAGGAACGUAUACAACUCAUCAAUUUACUUGGACUUUUAAUAAUGUUCAGUUUCAAAGUCAACACGGUUUUCAAUCUUCACCAAAUCAAAAUAUUUUAUAUUCAUAUCAAACACCAGUAACAUUUACAUCAGUCAUGCCUUAUAUUAGUGCGCCUCUCCAUAUGAACUUAUGGGCCUUUCAAGGUAAACCGCCAACUAAUGGCCAAGAAGUGGAAAUAAUUAUUCAUGAUUUCAAGUAUAUUAAAGCAUAA